AUGUGUCUCUCGGCAGGGCUCGAGGGCGCAGAGCGCGGCUACUCGCCUCCCUCCUCCUCCUCCUCCUCCUCCUCCUCCUCCUCCGGCGACCGCUGCAGGCUGCGGCUGGCGCUGGCGCUGGCGUGCGUCGCCCUCGUCGUCUCGCUGGCGAUGCUGGCCAUGACCGCGCUGAAGCGCCAGGAGCCGCUGCCCGCGCCGCUGGCCUCGGAUGCGCGGAAUCCGCCUCAGGCGUAUGCACAGCUGGUCUUGAAGCUUAAUGGAAACUCUCAGCUUACGAAUCGCAGGACACUGGAUUGGUAUGACAGCACUUCAGUGCAAGGUGUGUACCUUGACUCAAUGUUUGAAUACAGCUCCCAGGGGCUAACUGUUAAGCAUCCGGGCAGGUAUUGUAUCUUUGCCCAGCUGACUGUGAAACGCUUAGAGUCGAUCUCCAAGCAAGUGGAAGUGAGCCUCAUCAUCCAUCGAAAAAAUGCCAUGCAUUCUUCUCAAGUUCUCAUCAUCCCUCUGGAUCUGUCAGCAAAUUCAAGUUCUCUGAUCGAAAAAUUUAGUGCAGUGUCUUCUCAGCUGGCAAAUAACGACACGCUCUCUGUGAUGCUAAUGGUAAGUGAAAGCUUGAAUUCUGCAUGGACCCUUCAUCAGAAUGGUAACUUCUUUGGGCUCUUUGAGAUGAAAGACCUAGCUCAGAAGUGACAUGACUUGAAAACCAUGCCAGAGCUAUGCUGGAAAUGGACUUGGUGCUCAAGAGUUGCAGGACAUCAGAGGAUUCCUCCAGUCCAGAAGUCACAGCUUUAGCUGAAGAGAUGAUUCUGCAGAUUAGAGAUUUGGCUGAAUUAGCACCAGGGCUUCCAUGUGAAACAGCAUGGUCUGUUCAGAGCGGAAUACAUGGAUCUGCCCGGGAACCUGCCUGAAUGGACAUGAAUGGCAUCCACAUUGCACUGUGGACCAAUCUUGCUGUGGGACUGGAGAGAACCCUGGACAAGGCAAGCUUUUAGAGGCUGCCUUUCAGAUCUGCCUUUGAGAACAAGGUUGGACUAAAUGACCUUGGAAGACUGGUGACUCUUCCUAUUUUGUAUCCAAUUUGAUUGCAGUUAGAAACUAAACUCAGACAUGUAAGAAAAUGUACAGGCAGAACAUCCUAAAGAAUUGCACCCUGCCCAAGAGCAGGGCAGGACUAGCAUGCCCCCACACCGCAUUCUUUACCCUGCUUCUUGACAUCUUACUGCCCUGCCCUGAUCUGCCCACAUGCCCUUUCUACCCAGUUGAGGGCUCUAAGUGUCGUGGCUGCAGCUGGUGCAACUGGCACAUGGGCUGAGUGGCUCAUCCGAGUGUGGGGUGUCCUCCGUCCAGGAUGCCUCCGGCAAACGAUUCCCUUCCUGCUGCCUUCAUGCAGUGUGGGCUUCUGAGCACCCACAAAGCCUUGAUAUAUUGUCAGUGUACAGCAGGCUCACCCUACCGUUUUUUGCAUCUUAUGUCCAGACUCCAAAGACCUAACUGAGAUUCAGAGGAAAGGCUUGGGCUGGACCAGCGGAAGCCUCCCCCUUUCUUCUCCUGAACAGCUGAUAUCAACCCCCACUCUCCAUGCACAAAUUGCUCUGAAACUCUCCUCAGCUCCUCUCCCAUUCCCCAGACCCCACACACAGGACCUAGAAAGUAGUCGCACUCCCGAUGUAGCCCAGCUCCUCCUCAAAAGUUCAUAUAUGGGGAAAACUAUAUUUAAAUUAAUUAUAAUAAGAGAUUGUGUUAUAGUGACCUAUUUAAUACUUGCAUUUUAUUUAAUAUAUAAAUUACUGGUACACUUCAGUUUUUCUUACACCAUUUCAGGUGAAUGUGCAUGCAUUAUUUGCAUGUCUACAGUUUAAUGUGGAGGCGGGGGGGCUCUGCUUCCAAUCUGGCCAUUACUCUUUUCUCCAAAGCCUCGCUAUUUAUGAGUCUCUCCCAUUAUCCUUGUGGCAGCAUCACCCUUAAACUGUAAACACACACAACUCUCAGGUACACAAGUGAAAUAGACUGUCACUGGCAAACCAGAAAAUUACAGGAAACUCUCUAAGUUGCAUCCAGACAAGUUAGAUUUCAGUGGGAACCAAGUGUAACUAAUGUAGUGUGGAUCCAACCUUCUGUAUUUAAGGGCUCUGCUACUUAUUUGUCUUGAUUUUUGGCAAGACUAAGACAGUGACUUCAGCCUCAAUGCACAAGUUCAGACUGAACAGCCUCCUUUUUGUUGGAGUUUGUGCAAAAGCACAUAAGAGCCUUGUUUUCUACAUUGGGGUGGGCAGAAGGUAGCUCUCCAGCUGUUUAUGGCCUCAACUAGGGAUGUGGGACACUGGAAAACUUGAUGAACUUUUGACACACUUCUGACCCAGGAGCCAAAGGAGGACUGAGUCAGGUUUUGGGCUUCUGCAAAAUUCCUUGACAUAUUCAUACAUGCCUGGAGCAGAGAACCGUAUGUGUAACAUAGCUCACUCAAAUUGCAUAAAUUAUGCAACUUGGACCCAUCUUCUUAGAUGUGGGUUGCUGCUGCUUUGGUUUAACAUGAGUGCUAUGGAAGCAUCCUCCUCUCACUGCAUGUGCCUGCACUCCAUUUGGACUACCGGUUAAUACCAGACCUAUGCAAAAGACAGGUCUCCAUUCUGCAGUUUGUGCAAAUUUGCACAAAUUACAGGGCGUAGGCCUGAAUUCUGGACCAACUUUCCUGCCUGUGUGUUUGUGUGUGUGCGCGCACACGUGCACGCACACACAAACACACACAUUGUGGCCCAUUAAAAAAAAUGGAAUUCCACAUGCUGCCUGGAUUUGCAUCAGCACAGGGUGGAUGGACCAGAAUCUGUGGGCCAAGUUCAGAAAAUCUAUGGGGUUUUCAUCCCCGCCAUCAGAUUCUCCACAUAUCCCUAACUUCAGCUCCCAGAAGUCUCUGCCAGCAUGGCUGUGUUGGAAGCUGACUUCAAGAGCAGCUGGUGAUCUACUUUUCGCCUAUUGCUGAGCUAUGUUAUUGGCCUGAUAACAUACUUUAAGUACCUUUUCCUCACACAGAUGCAAAUGCUCUUUGACAUAUGCAGUUAAAUAUAUGCUAGAGUGUCAUGAGUUUCUGUUGCGACAUCAUCAGCCAAGCCUGCAUUGCCUGCCGUCCUGUGGCAGACGUCUUGGACCUUUUGUCAACUUGGCAUGCCAAAGUGGAUGUCAUAGGCUCUGUGGCCCUGUGGAAUGCCAAGCUGUGAAGAAACGGGUGCAAGUAGGCUUGACCUUGCUUUGCCAUAGAUGCAAGCAAGCUGAUUUUAAUGCCUCUGCCAUGUCAGAGAGUCUUUGGGCUGUUGGGUAAAAGUGAAAAGAACAAAAUAAAAAAUAUCCUUUGCCAAGGCUGGCCACUCCAAAAGUGUUGGGCUGCAGCUCCCUUAAUCCAUGGCCAGUGCAGACUAUGGAUUACGGGAGUCAUGCAUCAACACUUCUGGAGUGUGCUGGGUUGGGGAAUAGUGAGUUGUACCACCAGGUUUUUCAGGGUUGUAGUACCAACCCUAAGGAAUGCAAAAUCGGGUUAGACAUACUACACCCAGGUCCUGAGUGUCUGAUGCUUUAAUGCAUGUCCUGUUCGAUCUGUAGAGUGGUAGCAUUGCACGUGGCUUUAGGUCAUUCUUUUACCAGAGAUGUGGCCACUGUCUGUUAUAAAUAAGUGAAUAAAUGGUUGGAUUGUAAAGACAAUUCAAGGUGCUGUUUUUUAUUUUUUUAAGUCACUUGUGACUGCAUAGCAAUUGUCAUUAUUCAGAUUUAUUUAUGGUAAAGAAAAUAAUGAAAAAGAUGUAUAUUUUCAUAUGUAUCUCUUGUGAAUUGAAUAGAUAAAUGAUUUUAUAAUUGC